GACUUUCAUUUUCGCAAAUAACGUGACGGUGCCCUGAACAUAUCGUCAUGUAUACGCUAGACUAUGACUGUAGUUAGAAAUAUAAAAAUUGCAUGAUUUAUAUACGCGUACGUUGAUAUAUUUUUCUUCUCUCUCUCGAUUUUUUUUUUUUAAAGAAAUGGCACACCUCAUUGGGAGAAAGGUAUGUAGGACUCCCCAGUGCCUGACGAUUCUCAGACGAUCAAUCGGUUUGAUAUCAGAAGUGCCCAGAAAACUUGGGAAUGACUCAGUAUUACCUCUAAAUUCCAAUAUAUAUCAGUGCCCUGCAGCAGUGUUUUCAACGUCAUUAACAACGUUUUCGAAGAUGACGAGACCCCAGAAAAUGAAAUUGUUGGAUGAAAAUGAUGAAGUGAUUAAACCAGAAGCAACCCAUAAAGAAGCACACAAUGAGGCUAAACAAAGAAACUUACAGUUAGCCAUUUUGAAUGACCCUGAGACAAAUGAUGCGGCCUUUAAAUUGAUGACAACAGAGCAAUAUAAAACCCACAAUGUGAACUCCCAGCAGAAAAACCCACGAGUUAAAGUGUUUAAACUAAACAGUGCUUCCUCCGAGCAUGACCGUGAUAUACAGUAUGGAAAGAUUGAAAAGGUUCUAAAGAAAGGUCAUCCUGCAUUUGUUACAGUCAUAGCUAGGUCGAGGUCAGAACCCGAGGGUCUGAAUUCAAGGACAAAUGAAGCAAAAAAACUGAAUGACACAUUUAAGGGCUUGGGAUUUGAGGUCAAACGCAGUCAAGAAUUUGUGUUUGAAAUAAAGCUGAAAAAUUGAAAAAGAAAAGAAAAACACUUGUGUAUCAAUGAACAUAUUACGUUUAAUACAUGGUACUCUACAAAUCAACUAUGAUCAUGAUGAUAGUCUGUGUAACUAAUAAAAUGUGUGAACUUGACUUUCAAGAAUCAUCUCCACAA